CGAAAGGAAAUCAGUUUGCAUUCGCCAACGUCAGAGUCAGCGUCACGUCACCUACACCACACACACACAGAGAGAGAGAGCGAGCUAGAGAGCUAGCAGAACAUCAGUUUACAGUUAUCACGCUUUGGAUUAAUCAACCGUUAGUCAGACAUCAUGCUGAUGCACGAGAAACUCAUGUCCGGACAGUUCUUCAACGACCUGAAGACUGAUCGCAAGCCUUUGCUGCACCACCACCACCAUCACCAGUACCACAACCACCAUCACCACCACCAGCAAUCGUCGCCGCAGCAGCCGCACCAUCACCAUCAGCAGCACCAGCAGCAGCAGCAUCUGCAGCAACAGCAUCUGCAUCUGCAGCACAGCCAAUUGCAGCAGCAGAGCCUGGCCCUGCCCAAAAUGGAUCUCUACACCGCCUACGCCUAUCAGCAGCAGCUCCUUGGCGCUGCCCUCAGCCAACAGCAGCAGCAGCAACAGCAGCAGCAUCAACAGCAACUGCAGCAGGCAACAGUUGGAGGAGCUGCCUCCGCCGAGGUCCUUGAUCUGUCACGCCGCUGCGACAGCGUGGAGACGCCCCGGAAGACUCCCUCACCCUACCAGACCAACUACAGCUACGGCAGCGGCUCGCCCUCGACCUCACCCACAGCCACGGGCUCCGUCUCCGGCUCCGGCUCUGGCUCUAUCCCAAGCAGCCUUCUGUACUCCGUCCAACAGCAGCAACAGCAGCUGGCCAGCCUCUAUCCGGCCUUUUACUACGGCAACAUAAAGCAGGAGCCGUCCGCCCCCAAGGUCACACCUAAUGCCAAUGCCAGUGCCACGGCCACUGCCAGCCUCCUGCAGACAUUCGCUGCUGCCUCGGCGGCUGCCGCCGCUGCAGCUGUGGGGGUUUCCCCACGACCGGCCAGCAAUGCCAGCACCAUGCAGAUCGAUGUUUUGGAGACCCCACAAUCGCCGCCCGCAGCCCAGACCACCAACAACAGCAGCACCACCGCCUCCACCACUCCUACCAGCAGCACCGUAGCGAACAGCGCCUCCGACACGGGCAAGAACACACGCCCCUUCAAGGCAUUCCCCCGCGACCCACUAGUGAUUGCCGCCAACUUUGCGGCCACGGAUGUUCUCCUGGACAACCCGCGCGUUGAGCGCUACACCGAGUACCGGAAGCGGGUACUCGAACAGAUCCGCAGCUCGAACGGCGGCUCUCGCACCGUGACGAACCCCAAAAUGCGUCGCACCAACUCCCGCAGCGGCAGCGUCAACGAGGGCAGCUCCUCGAACAACAACAGCGAGAGCGAGGAUCGUGCGGCCGCCGAGGAAUCCAGCGAUUGCGACUCGCAUGCCGGCAACUUCGAGUCCAAGUCUACCACCGGCUCUCACUCGAACGGCAGCUCCUCUGGGGCGGCCAAUGCCAGCUUCCAGCCGUCCAGCGGCGGACAGGUGAAGGAUGCCGCCUACUACGAGCGGCGUCGUAAGAAUAACGCGGCAGCCAAGAAGUCGCGCGACCGUCGCCGCAUCAAGGAGGACGAGAUUGCCAUCCGGGCCGCCUACCUGGAGCGCCAGAACAUCGAGCUGCUGUGCCAGAUUGAUGCGCUCAAGGCGCAGCUGGCCGCCUUCACGGCCAAGGUAGCCACUGCCUAGACGAUCCUCGAUCAACGAUCACCGAUUACUGAUCAUUGAUCCACGAUCAUCGAUCCCAAUCGCCAGAGCCAAAUCCGGCUGCUUGUUGCGUUGAACGCGUGCGAGUCUCAGUUCAGAUUGGUUUCGAUUCGCCAGCCAGUUCCUAUCUAUAUGAAUUUUUUUUUGGGUCAGCUUAUCUGUGAAUAUAGCCUGGGGGCUCUCAUCUUCUAUCUGAGCUGUACAACCUCGCACCACGCUCCUUUAUCCCUCGCAUUUAAGUACUUUAAGUCCUUGGAUAUGUACACCGCCGCGGAUACGUUAUAUUUGUAAAAUGUAGUUCCUCCCAAUUGCAUCCUCGCAUUCUCCCCAGUUAAUCAGCGAAACAGCUCCUGCUCUUAUCCUGCGCCUAUGCACAGCCCUACCCUACCCUACCAUCAUUGUAGAAGUCCCCACUAGUCGUAGUUUACGGUUUAAGCGAAUUUUUUUAUAGUUUCUAAGUGCAAAAUAAAAUAAAAAAUCCACAACA